CGAGCAGCUGUUCCUCUUUCGCAAGCAAGCAGCCAAAUCGGAUUGCAGUUCUCGUUUAUUCUUGCCCUCGACUCUGGUGUGAAAGGACGUGUAUUUCUCAGCGUGCGUGUGCCCCUAUAAAGCGGCAUAAAUAAUCUCUCUUCGCAGGACGUGUGAAGUGUGGAGCGGGUUCAGCGUUAUCAUUUAUGAUAUAAAGUGCUGCAACGAACGAAUAAAAAGUGUGCGAUAAUCAAACGCACCGGUGUGCAGAGUCAGUAACCGUUUGAACACAACAUCGGCCCAGAGUCCUGCUCCGUCCGUUACAACUCCGCCAAGACGACCCUAGGUGCUGCUGCUACCUUUUCUCUCUCUAGGGGGAAAACGAAACACCAACAACACCAACAAGGCGAAACACAACAACAUUCCGGUGCAAAAUGGCUCUCAACUGUGGACAUUCGACGAUAAAGUAUCUGCUUUUCAUCUUUAACCUGCUGUGCUCGCUGUGCGGCAUUGCACUGAUCGUGAUCGGUGCCGUUUCGCUGGUAAAACUAGAGGAACUGCGUGAAAUUAGCGAUGAGUACAACAUCGUCGCCCCGUCCAUCCUGCUGAUCGUGUUCGGUUCGAUCGUGUUUGUCAUCUCGUUCUUCGGCUGCUGCGGUGCUAUUCGCGAAUCGUACUGCAUGACCUCGACCUAUAGCUUCUUCCUGAUUCUGCUCGUGAUCGCCCAGAUUGUGAUCGCUGUGCUGGUGUUUGUGUUCGUCGGUGAUGUGACUACCGCCCUCAAGAAGGGCUUCGAGCGCGUGUUCGAAAACCGUGACAACCCGGUCAAUACCGAUCUGAUCAACUCGAUCCAGCAGAACCUGGAGUGCUGUGGCAAGCGUAGCUUCCUGGACUAUGGCGUUAACUUCCCGCAAUCGUGCUGCAGCACCGGUGGAAAUGCUCCGCUCUGUGUUCCGUUCGCUAGCGGCUGUUUGAGCCGAAUCUCCGAGUUCCUGGACAGUGCCGGUAACAUUGUCGCCUGGGUGUCGCUCGGUGUUGCCGCCAUCGAGCUGGUCGGUCUCAUCUCGGCCUGCUGCCUGGCCAACGCCAUCCGCAACCAGCAGAGAAGAUACAGCUAAAAAGUGUCCGCUACUGUGCUACUACUACACUGCUACUACGACGCUUUUUAGUAGCUUUUGGUGGGGUGCGCCGAGUGUGCGUGUGCGUGUGUCGUCCGUUUUUAUAUUAUAUAUUACUGGAGGCCGAAAGAAAGGGAGAGAGCGUAUUCGUCGAGAUGAUAAUAUUGAUAAGGAUGCUUUCAAAAGUAGUACCACACACACACACACACAUAAAACGUGUUUAAGCGAUAAGAAGUGUUUGGGUUUUUGUAAGAAGCGCUUCGUGUCGUCGUCGUCGUGUUGUUUUGUAUGCAACGUGUGCUAUGAUGAAUGUUUAUUGGACCGGAAGGAAGGAAGGAAGAAAGGAAGGAUCCUAGAUCAACGAUUUUACACACACACACACGUAGAAGGUUAUAUGAUAAAUAAGCCGGAAAAGAAAAAGCACAACUCCUUCACAUGCUUGUGUGUGUGUUUACACACAUACAUCCAUCACCGCAAGUGCCAGCCUCGAGGAAAUAACCAAUGGUGGAGAUCCGAUCGUUCAACACUAAAUCUCAUCACCCAAUAGAGAAGAGGAGAGGUUCAUCAUCACGUCACCAUCGGCCUGCUUCGUUGUACAACAACAGCACACAAAUGCACGUACACUUAGUCGUGUAAUGUAUGUGUGUGUGUGGUUAGUGCAUCCACUUCCUUCUAUAUUUUGCUAUGUUGUGUGGUUUGGCGCUAUGAACAACGGCGCCGGGCUUUUUUCGCUAUAUUUAUGCUAUACAUCAUAUGAGGUCCUCAUUACGCCCUAUAAAUAUUUAACUAUCUGGUGGCUACAAAAAUGGCAGACAGAAGUCCAGUUAGAAAUCAUGAUCGUUUUUUCGUCCUUUUUUUUCAUAAAAUUCUUUCCGACCUUCGAAUAUUCCCGAGUGUGUGUGCGUGCGUGUUGCGUACGAACGUUGUAGAUGUGAGUGGGUUUUGUUGGGUUGGAAAAGGAAAACACUCGACCGCCGAAUAGCAUAUAAGGACAGCCACCCACAUACCAUCCUUUCAUUGGGCUUUUUUGUUUCGUUUUUUUCUUUUUUUCUCUACGACAUGAAAAUACGAUGCUCGAAGCAAAAUUAAAUUUAGUUUGUUCAACUUAUAAUAACUUCAAAAAAACAAAAGUAACAGUAGCGUUUGCUAAGGGAAACAAUCUAAAGCAGCAGGACUCAUGUAUGAUUGGAUUUUUUUUUGGAAAAUAGAAUAUUUUGUUAUCUUGUAGCACACACACCUUCAGCUAAUCACAGAUCACAGGACAACCAUUACACACAGGAUAUUGUGCUUUUGUGUGAAGUACUUGUGCGGUGGCGCAAUGUUGAAUUUGACCAACAAAAGGCAGUUAAAAAUAUAUAUAUACAUACAUGAAGUAUCUUAUAUCGUUAAA